UUUCUUUCUCCUUCUCCAGUUCGACAGUCGCUGCAGGUACCGCAGCUUCUUCUUCCUCCCAUUUUCCGUCAUGGAGAUCGACCCCGACAUCUCUCGGUGGAUGCUCGAGUUCCUCCUCCGCCAGCCCCUCCUCGACGACCGCUCCGUCAAGCUCGCCCUCUCCGCCCUCCCCCUCCGGGACUCCGACCUCCGUCUCAAGAAAUCCGUCCUCCUCCGCUCCAUCCAGUCCGAAAUCGAUGCCGCUUCCGUCUCCGAGAAGACCCUCGACGCCCUCGAAGUCAUCGAGGAGCUCGACAGGAUGGACGGCGCCGGCCAACCCGUCUCCGAGGCCAUGCCGGAGGCGUACCGCUCCGUCGCCGUGGAUUGCACCGUCAGGUUCCUGCACGGGCGGGUGGACGAGCGGGGCGAGUAUUUCCGCGCCGUGGAGAGGAUCUGGCGGGGUAGGGUUCGGAAGAUGGAUGAGUCGGCGGCCAAGAGCGGGCUCCUCUCGCCGGAGUUGCUCCGGUGGAGGCUCCGCGUCGAGGCGGCAAUGCAAGAUGGGGCCGAGCGCAAGGAUCUGCUGGCGAUGAACACGAGAGGUGAUGCUUUUAGGUCGAUUAGGGCUUAUUUGGGCGAGGCGUGGGAGAGGACGGGACCUUCUUUCCUUGAAGUGGCGGCGGGGCGGAUGGCCGAGGCUAAUCCGUGCAGAGAACUGUUUGAAGCGGAAGCUCGUGCAGGUGAACGCAAUGAUUUGCCCGGCAUCAGAGCGAGUGCAGAUCUGAUUAGCGAAAGUCCACCUGCAAGGAUAGAAGAUGAUGGGAAAAUGCCUGAAACAUCAAAGCUGGAUGAGGGAUUGAUCACAACUAAGCAGCUUGCCCGCCAUAGGCGAUCCAAAGGGGGAGUUAAGAUCAUUGCCAAUAAUGAGGAAACCGGAAGAGAUGCAUCGCGGAGCGAAUAUGAUACGCUCCCUACACCUGAUUUUAAUAGAGUUCAAGAAGCGCUAAAGUCUAGUUCUCUGGAGCUGCGAGCAGUGGUCACGGACCCACUUCCUGAUGCGAUACGAUUGGCCGACUCCCUUGUGCAUAACGCUGCCGGAUCAUCUACGAAUUUUGAAUGUGCAGAAGCACAGAUUAGGGAAGAUGUUAAUGCAUCCGAUGCCUCCGCCGACCAGAAUGUUGGGCCUGUUCCAGGUGGCGAAGUAAAUCGUGUUAACCAGUCAACCAGCCAUCAGAAUAACCAGUGUAGACCUAGUUUGUUUGAAAGGAAUAGCUCUGCUCAUACCUAUGAGUGGCACGAUUCGAUAGAUGGCUCACCCGAAGAACCUUCCGGUAACUCAGACAGGCUUCAGUUACCCAGCCCAAAAAGAAGUGCUGUUUCUCCAUUGAAGAAGCCAUUGACUCGGAGUUUGAAAGUUUCUGGACGGAGAAAAGUAAAGAGAUGGAGUUUGGAGGAAGAAGAAACUUUGAGGAACGGUGUCCAGAGGUUUGGCAAAGGAAAUUGGAAGCUCAUCCUACACUGCUACCGCCACAUCUUCGAGGAGAGAACCGAGGUGGACCUGAAGGACAAAUGGAGGAACAUGACCCGCUACUGAAGUGCAAAUAAUUGGUGUUUCUCCCAGUGUGGGAGAGGGCUUGCGUGCCGGUGCAGAAGUUUGUGUCUAACUUAGUCGUUUUAACACAUUCAUAGUAGUGUCUAUGUCCAUUUCGAUUGUUGAGAACCUUCCUGUUAAGCUAGUUUGUGCGCAGCGAAGCACGUCAAGUGGGCAUUAGUAGAAUAGAACGUACGCAGGUGUAGUUACUCUCGAGGGCCUUGAAGAGAUUGGAAUAGUGAGAAACUUUAAUGAGAGAAAGUUGGUUUUCUUUUAUGUUAGUGUAAAUUUACAUCACUCCGGCGUAUCGAAGGGAAUUGGCAUUCCUGUUC